AUACACGGUGCUUCUCUGGAUGGAAGGAAAGGAAAGAAAGAAGUGAAGAAAACAAAAUAAGAAUUAAGACCGUGAAGACAGCUUUUUGAUAGGGGGAAAUUGUCAGCGGCGCAACAUUGUGCCAAGGUCGAAUAAAGUCCGAAGGCCACCAAUCAAGGGGCGACUUAGAUGUUGUGAGAUUUUAUAACCGAAAGGAGUAAGUAGAAAAUGGUGGGCGAAUGCGAGCAAGCGGUCGACAAACGAAAAGUAACCAAACAGAAAAAGACACAGUUAACAAGAAGAGAUUUGUUGGGCUGCAUACCUUCGAAAGCGGCCUGUACGCUUCUUUUAAGGGUUUGGUUUCUCGUAGAAGUUGACGCCGGACCUGACGCUGCACCCGAAGAGGGAUUGGUGAGACUCAUGAUUUAUCUGUGGUGCUGUGGUGCUAUGGUGUCGUGGUACUAUGAUGCUUGUACUCGUGUGUUGAAUGGAUCAGAUCCCGAUCUGACCAGAGAUCCAGAUUUGGACUCAGAUACAGAUACGGCAAUACAGAUUCAGACAAGAAAAAAACAAACCGAUCAAGCGCGCACCCGGCGGGUCUUCCGGCAGCGUCGGGUGAGACGAGACAGGUCUUUCUUUGCUCAUCCACUACGUAUUGGCUCACUCAGCCGUGGGUUAUCUUAUAUGCUCUUGAGCGCCUGUGCGCCUCUGCGUGUCUCUUUUCGGCCACGAGAUAUCCUCGUAUUGGUUGGGACUCUAAAAUUCCAAAGGAGUCGGGGCGUCUCGGAUACCGAUAGGAUUCUGACUGAAAAUAACGGAGAUGACGAGGAUGAUGGGGCGUCACAUAUGUUUCCGUCGGGUAGCCGUUUGUCGUAGUUAUUUUAGAUGUUAUCGCAAUUCGUCAAUAAUCAACAAUCAAUAAUCAAUAAUCCACAUGACUAAAAGCUA